AUACCAGCCACGACGCCGUUAUUUUUCAAACCAACCCCGUCUCAAAAUUCACUUCAGGGCCACCCCCACAUCUGAGGGGGUGGGUGUAAGUCUCGGACUAAAAUUACGAACACUGACCACAGCACUAAACACAAUUGAGGAACAGGAUGCAUACCGUAAGCACGUGAAACUGCUAUUAUGGUAAACAAUCAAUCCCGAACGAUGGAGUGCAGGUGAUAGGUAAGGAGGAAUAGAGAGAUAACAUAUCAGUGGGUCUAGAUUAGAACCUUGUUGCUGGCAUAUCAUUCAGCGCUUCUGCUGAGCCAGAUCAGGAAAGUGAAUAUGACUUCCAUGCGGGAGACAUCAAAGCAAGGCAUAUAUUCACAAGCCGAAGAGAGUGAAGCUUCCAAGAACUAUAAUAGCAUACUUAGGGAAAUAGCUGAAUCCCAAGCUAAUGCAAUUCCAGUAGGUUCAAACAAUCCAAUUACUCAUUUUGUUUCGAAUGCUGAAUUUUCAGACUAUUUUCCCCAGAACUGUUAUGAAAACUUUGACAAAAAUACAUCCACGUCUCAGUCAGACACUCUGAUAGUGAAUAACAUAGUCGCCCAUCAGCAUUUACCAAUUGAAACAGACUUUUCCAUAAAACCUGCACAUUCAAGCUCCUUGAGGAAAAGUUCUAAUAUUAAAACUGCAAAUUGCGAAGGAGCAGUGCCUCUGAUCUUCAAGUCAGACCACGACAAUGACCGAGACCAGCAUGGAAAUUCGAAGCCAAAUUUGAAGAAUAUGAUGUUAGAUUUAAGAGAAGAUAAAUCCUACUUGGGCAGUGAGGCAACUGAAGGUGAAGGCAGUGCAGUUGAUAUCGAAACUGUUUCACCAAGUGAUCAUUCGGACGUUUUCCAAGAAAAACCAAUCAACGAAUCAUGGUCACUUAAUUUAAAUUCUUCUACAGUGGAAGGCUCCCAAAACCAUAUUAUAGAUUAUCAAGUGGAUCCUACGACGAUGAGGUUAAUUGGGGAGUUCAUUGAAAAUGGCUAUAAUAAUAAAACCCAUCAAGGGGAUGGAUCAUCGGUGUCCAAAAAUGAUAGGCAACAAUUAUUUCUACACAAUCCUCAAAUUUUGGCGCUACUUAAUCAUAAUCCUAAAACAACAGAAGCAACUUGUGGUAACCAAUGGGAAGAGUAUGGGAAUGAUAAAAGAGUCCAUAAACAAGAAAAGGGUCAAGAAUCUUCAAAAGCAGAAACCCAUUCUCAUUCAGUACCUGAUAUUUCUUCUGUGGAAUCUUGGUGUUCUAAUCACCAUCCCCUUCUCCAAUCAAAUGUCGAAUCUUGGUUGAAUCAGCAGAAUGUGCGAGAUGAUCAGGCGCAUCAUUUUAAUCUGCAUUCCUAUAACAAGUAUUAUUCAAACUACGCCGAUUCACACAGUACAAAAUCAGAAAUGUGGGAGAAGAAGCCAGAAAAAGGGAUCCUGGAUGCUCAAAUGACUAAUGAAAAAGAUAGUCAAGCGGUCAGAAGGGCUUCUUGGAUGGACAGUAUAUCCAUUUCAAGAGCUGAUUCGAACACGAAUGCGAAACAUGAAAACGCUCUGCAGUGCCCAACAAACUUGAACAUGUUCACCCAUUCGGUGAUUCAAGAUUCAAAGCUAGAAGAAUCUGGAGAAAAUUCAACUUACACCUCAGAUAAUGGAACUGCAUCUUCGAGAAAAACCAUUCGAAAAUCGGCACAUACCAAAACUCAUAGUCAACAACAACCACCGAAAACUUGGAACGACAACAAAAACAAAUCCCCGGAUACCACCCCAGCAUGGGCUGUAGAGGAUACCACCCCCCAAUCUCCAGACAGAGCCACCGGCGACGCUUGGAACUACCAGACGAUGUCAUCCAUCAUGGAAAACGGCCACUAUCAUCCAAUCAAGCAUUCCAGCGAAGACGAUGAGAUCCACCCAACAUUGGAGUCGUACAACCACUCUGAAUCAUCGACUCCGCCCACAAAGCAGGGUGAGGGGCGGGAGACGAGAUGUAGGACAGCCUCCGUAGUCGCUCAGCCAGAUCAUCCCCUACAUCCCACGGCGCCAUCUGACGGAGAAAAGGACCGGGAAGUCGCUCCCGGCGUGAGCUCUGCCAGUGAUACAGUCAUGGUCAGUACGUUUAGCAGCAUGGCUCCUUAUAGCAUGGCCGGUAAUUACUCCUCUCCACCGUCGUAUUCAGGCAGAGAUCUUUACCCGGGUAAACCGUCUUCAGGCUACUCAGUGGAUGCUUCCUCCCCCUCAUCAACCGCCCUGUAUGCCUCCUCAACUGGAAGCCUAGCUAUGCUUCCAUAUGUAGCGGCCGGUCAGAGCAUGGCUAGCCACCAGUCUAUGGUGUCUCAGAGUGGACACCACUGGUCAGGAUCUCAACCGCCCAGUGUCCACGAUCAGAGUCCAGGUUACGGUAUAUCAGCCCUAACUUCGGGAUUGAAUCUGGCCGCCCAGAACUCUUUAAUGUCAGCCACUUCGCAGGCUAGCGGGUGCGACCAGAAUGAAUUGAACCGUGCAGCCGGAUUUUCCACCUUUGCGUCAUCUGGACACGGUUAUCUGAGGCCUGAUAUGCCACCCCACUGGGGUCUGAUCGACCCCAUAUCAGGACUGAAUCAUCCCUACUGUCCGGAGGGAAUGGCUCAUCAUCUCAAUCAAGAUCGUGGGGAUUAUUUUAAUCUCCAAGAAGAACGUGAGUGCGUCAACUGCGGCGCUAUCUCCACCCCUUUGUGGAGGCGAGAUGGCACUGGACAUUAUUUGUGCAAUGCCUGCGGAUUGUAUAGCAAGAUGAAUGGAAUGAACAGACCACUUAUGAGACCGCAAAAAAGACUUCCUGGACCCUUGGUGGCGGCUAAUCGGCGAGCCGGACAAAUCUGCACCAACUGCGGCACCACCAACACCACACUAUGGCGGCGCAACAACCAUGGAGAGCCCGUCUGCAACGCUUGUGGACUCUACUACAAGCUACACGGGGUGAAUCGUCCCCCAGCUAUGAAAAAGGAAGGAAUCCAAAAGAGGAAGAGAAAACCAAAAAAUGCAAAUCAGCAAGAGGCGAAAAGAAAAUCUUUACCAGCCACAACAGGUUCCAAAAGUCCUGGAGAUCUCAGUUCACCUGCUUCAAAUUACUCCAUAACCACAGCAUCCAACAACUAUGCAUCCAAUCAUAAUUCGACCACCACAACAACUCCUCCUGCCUCAGGCGAAACUCUCCAUAGACAACACUCUCAGCAACACCACAAUAGCAGCAGCAGUCAUCAUCUCCAACAACAACAUUCAAUUGGUGAAGAUUCAGCUAGGCACAGCAUUCAACAUUCGCCCUAUAACAACCACCAUCACGGCGAUCCAAGCAAUUCCAGCCAAUCUUCAGCUAUACACGCUUUGCAUGGUCUUAAUUCUUUCUACAACCAUCAUCACCAUGGAACAACGUCUGUAAUCGCCUCAACGCCAUCGACGUCUGGAACGUCGUCUAGCAGAAUGCCCCCGUCUCCGUAUGCGGUAAUCAAGCAUGAAAUCCGUGAUGGGAAUUGAAGAUUUAAGUACUGUUUGGGUUCAGUAACAUAUUGAUUCAGUAGAAAAUUACUGAAAACUUCCAGAUUCGGUUUUCUGGAUAUUAUAUUCUGUCCACAAUUCAUUUCUCCAACAAGAUACAGUAUCUUCAUUUGGCUAACUUUGAUACGUCACGCACUUAUUUGCUGAGGCCACCAUAAAAGAAAUUUAAGAUCACAGUUUAACUUUAUGCAAUUACACAUCAAAACCAUUUUCCGGGAAAAGGGCACUGGAGGUUUGACAACCUGCAAUAUUGAUUUCAAUUCAGUAUCAACUGAUAAUUCUGCAUUGAAGAAUAUCAGAGCUUGAAACCCUACAAUAAUACCAUUAAAUAAAGAUCAUGAAUGUCUUUAAUUGAAUGGGAGUAAAAGAAAUGACACAUUACGGCAAUUCUGAGUUCCCCUCUUUUGACUCAAUUCAUCAAAAAUUUAUCUUCAGCUACUCAGCAGCUGUUCUUUAACUGAAAUUCUUGAUUAAUAUCUUUCAAACUCAUAUAUUCUCCAUCCGACAGCUGUCUUAUUACUUCUCUUUCUAAUCAAUAUGUAGAACAUUACAUAGACGCAACAUUCAACAUUCUCCCCACAUCGGUCCAUAUUACAGUAAUCUAAGCAACUGAAGCUCAAAAAGAUUUUAAAAAAUGGCACAGGAUUAUAUUUCUAAGAUCGAUGCAUUAAGUAAAUUUUAAAAGAAAUGGAGAAUAUUUCAAACAUCCCAUGAGAAAUUUUUGGAAAUAGCGGAAACAUAAUUAAGUUCUUCACAUGUAAAUGCUCAGUAUGUAUAAAUUGUGAUAUACAGUACUCCAGAAAGAAAAAUAGACUUUCUCACUGUAUAUAGCUGUGAAAAGCCCAUAAGAUAAGAUCAAUUCAUGUAAAUAUAUCUGAAUAUGUUAAAGUACAAUGCUAUUUCUUUUGUGUUGAAUAAAUAAAGUUUACUGGUAAUAGGACUGAUUCUCGUGACAUAGCAAUCAUGUGACUGAAGGUAAUAUACCAAUCAUCCGGGCACUGACUUAUGGUUAUACACUGACUAUUGCAAGAAUUUCAGAAUUAAAUUUGCUAUCCAAUCCGUGAAUAUGAAUUUAUUACACUCAGGUAUACUAAAACAAAACCAUUUAGCUACUGAAAAAUUAUUUCAAAUCGGCUUCAGUAAUCGUAAAACAAAAGCAAACAUUUAAUAUAAUAUCAAUUAUUAAAUUAGUUGCCAUUUGCUGUUGUACACAGUCAGGAAUUAAAAGCAUAGAGCAAAUGAUUAGAGUUGGGUCCAUUUUUUCAAUCGUGAAAGAUUGAAAAGCAUCCAUGAUUAUUAAUUGUGUAAUCGCAAUAUCUCAGAUUGAAGUCCUCUUAGGAAGACCCCUGUCUGUCCUGCUACAUUAUUGUUACGAAGGCGGCUGCAAGAGCUAUUGAGCAUGAAAAGCAGGAUUUUGGAAUCGUAGUUGAUGACAAGAAUAGCAACUACAGAAAAUAUAAAAGUGUUAGAGUACGUAUCUUAAGAGUAUUAGAGUACGUGUUUAAUAGCAAUAAAGUUAUUUUUAGUAAGACAUCCAAUAUAGAGAAAAUGAAAAAAAAAAUUAUAUUUAAAGAAAUCGAAUCUUUCAAAGAUUAAAAUUAAAUGAUAAGAGUAAAUUUUUUUCCAGCUUUCAUUACAUCAUCAUUAUGGGGACCCCCCCCCCUAAAUUAAGCAUAUCAAUUUACGGAUUGCAAAAUGCUUUUUCUUCUUUCUAAGUUUCAAAUUAUAGAUUUCAAAAGUCAUGAGAUGAAGUAAUAACUUUAGAACCCUUAAAUAAUCAUGAUGAGAGUCGUCUGUAUAUUAAUAACACAUAAAUAAAGUGGAUUCAAGUGAAAUUUUAAGUGAAGAGAGAAUAGCAUAUCUUUUUGAGGUGAGAAUAAUAGACAUUUUUUCAUGUCUAUUGUUAAGCUACAUUUGCACAAGCCGCGCCAUGCAGUAGACCGCAGGAAGCGUAUGGAAUAGUCCAAAGCAGAGUGAAGAGUAAAUGGUUUAGCUAUUCCUGUUUAUUUUCCUCAUUGUUCCAACAGACAAUUAACAAAUAAACUUUCUAGUGCCCAUGUAAACUGAAAAUGUGGCACUGUAAAAACGUGCACGAAUAAGCUCAUUUCAGUAAUGCAAACCCGAUAAUCGUGCUUGUUGGUAUUGAGAGUGCACAAUAUUGCUAUCAGAAUAACUCUUGACCAUCUACUUUGUUUGGAUUGGCGGAUAUGGAUUCAACCAUGGGCCAAGAAAGUAUUUUUUAAUCACCUAUUUUCGCCUACUUUUGAAAUAUAGCAUAUAAAAUGUAAGAUAGAUCUCCAAAAACUUUUCAAUAACGUGCAAUGUAUAUUAGCUAGGUGAUGUGUUACCAAAAGAUUCAUAUAACAAGUGUAUUAUAUAAACCUGGACAUUUAUCAAAUGUCCUUUAUGUCUGUUAAUAUUCAGUGUAUAUGAGUAGAUUAGAAUAUUGAACUCUGUUAUUACUGUAUUCAAAUGAUUUGCUUCCUUCUUUGUUGAUUUGUAUUGUACAUAGAC